AACCCGGAAGCGCUGGAUGUAAACAAAAUACAACCCGGCGCCGCAGCUGGUUCCGUGGAGUCCGGUUCGGGUUCGCUGACAUGUCCCCCGGUCCCCGAGCCCCCGGCCCGGUUCUGGCGGCCUUCGGCCUGCUGCUGGCCCGCCUCUCCUCCUCCUCCGCGGUACCGGACGUACCGGGCUUCGCCGCCUUGUUCGGGACCAAGACCCGGUACCAGGAGGUGAACCCGAACCCGUCCGCGGACCCGUCCGUGCUCAGACCUCCGCCCGGGGAGCGCUGCGUGCCGGUCCACGUGACCGCCGUGGUCCGGCACGGAACCCGGUACCCGACCUCCCGGAACAUCCGCCGCAUCCUGGAGCUCAGCGAGCUGCUGACCGGCGGGCGGCGGGACCCGGGGGGAGCCGGCGGGCAGCGGGACCCGGGGGGAGCCGGCGGGCAGCGGGACCCGGGGGAGGCCGGCCGGCUGAUCCGGGACCGCUGGGAGUGCUGGUACACCGAGGACAUGGACGGUCAGCUGGUGCCGCAGGGCCGGGCCGAGCUCCGCCAGCUAGCGCGCCGCCUGGCCGCCUUGUUCCCGGCGCUGCUGUCCGAGCACAACGUGAGGAAGAGGAGCGUCAGCUUCGUCACCAGCUCCAAGCACCGCUGCGUCAGCAGCGUGGAGGCCUUCCAGGAGGGCCUGCACCAGCACUGGGGUCGCCACGGAGCGCCGGACUACGCCCACCGCGUGGACGACGAGCUCAUGCGCUUCUUUGAGCGUUGCCGUGGUUACGUGGAGGGCGUGGAGACAAACCGCACAGCGCUGCUGGAGGUGGAGAAGUUCAGACACGGAGACGAGAUGGAGGCGGUGAGGAGGAGGGUGGCGGAGAAGCUGGGUGUCGCCCCGCAGCGACUCACGCCAGAUCUGGUGGAAACAGCGUUCUUCCUGUGCUCCUAUGAGUUGUCCAUCCGGUCCGUCCACUCGCCCUGGUGCUUGCUGUUUGAAGAGCGCGACGCCCAGGUGCUGGAGUUCCUGUCGGACCUGCAGCAGUACUGGAAGCGCUCCCACGGUCACGCGAUCACCGGCCUGUCCAGCUGCCCGCUCUUCCACCACGUCUUCAGGACGCUGGACAAGGCCGGCCGUCCUCGCAGGUCCACCGAUCCGCCUCCAGAACCCGCCUCCAUCCUGGUGGGACACGGCGAGACGCUGCUGCCCCUGCUGGCCCUGCUGGGGCUCUACAAGGACCAGACCCCGCCCACCGCCAGCAACUACCACUCACAGCACGGGCGGCAGUUCCGCAGCAGCCGCAUCGUCCCCUACGCCGCCAACCUGCUGCUGGUCCUGUUCGACUGCCAGCGCGGCCCGCGGCUGCAGCUGCUGCUCAACGAGGCGCCGGUGCGUUUCCCGGGCCUGGCCGAGGACGCGCCGCUGUACCGGGAUGUCCGGGCCGCGUACCGCCACCUGCUGGACGGCUGCGACUCCCGGACGGAGUGCGAGGUGCGGCCGGGGGCCCGGGGCCCCAGCACCGAGCUCUGAGCCCCGGGGGGGCCAGGGGGGCCCGGGGCCCCAGCACC